AUGUCUAUUACCCAAGUUCAAGCUGACGCAGCUGUGAAAGAACGACAGUGGUAUCUUUCUCGAAUAGUUAAUCCAGAGCUCGGUAACGUUACAGAAACUCUUACCAUAUGUCAUAACUUACUAGUGUUUAAUUCUCCACAAGAACCUAAUGCAGCUGAAUGUAUUGAACGGGGUCCAAGUAUAAAACUUCCAGUGUCUUCUAAUAAGCUGGAAAUCUUAAAGGGGAUAUUGGUUCGUGAUGGACCUCAUAUCAUAAGCUUAACUAUGAUUUUAAAGGAAAAAUCAUUCAAUAAAUAUGUUACCAAAUUAACAUUGAUAGAACCAAUUGAAUUACCACAAAUAGCUUUAGCCAUUAAAUGCAUAAAAGAUGCUUUGAAUCAGCUUACAAAUGCAAUUCAUUGUUUGGACCUUUCAAUUAUGGCUUCAGUAUUAGCACAAAUUAAAAGAGCUAAAGACUCUUUAAACUUGUUAACAGACACUUCAUUAGCAUUCCCAUUUCAUGCAAUGCCGGCAUCCAAAUUCUCUCCAGAAUUACCCAAUGAACAUGUGGCAGUGGAUAUCUACGUUAACCAACAAGAAAUUUGUGUUGAUUUAAAACGGCUACACAAGAUCACCGUGAAACCAUGGGGAGACAUCAACCCUGUUACUGGGAAAUCUUAUGUUGAUAUGCUUCGAGAUGAAAUGAAGAUAUCCACUUCCAGUGAUAUUUCUCAACUACAGAAGGAAGUUGAAGCCAAGUUCACCCAUACACAUACAACCAAACAUUCUUCAGAAACAUCGUCAUCUUCCUUCAUAGCAGGAACAAGCAUUCCAUUACCAAAUAAUAGUAAUAAUAAUAAUGUAGAAUCGUCUUCUUCACUGGCUUCAUUCUUCCUGUCGUUACUCAAUCGAUACACUCCAAUGGACUAUGUUACCAAAUGUAUCACAUAUAAUGAUUCAGUGGUUAUGGUUAACAAUAAGAUUGAGGUUCUGUCAUUGGAUCCUGUUGUUGUUUCUGUGUUCACAAAGCUUGAUUCGCUUGAAUACUUGAUUGGCAACUAUAUGCUGAAUUUGGAGAGUCUCAAUUGA